GGAUGAAAGCAGCCUCGGACCGGCUGCACAAAAGGCCCCUCAGCCGCCGCCUCCUCACCCUCCCUCUGCGGAUCACGUCACGGGAAAUAAAUAAAUAAUCCCAUUCACCCAGUGACAGGGAGCAGGAACCGGCGCGGCGGCGGCAAGCUUAGAGCCAACCCAGCCCAAGCUAGAGAAAGAGACAGAGAGACGAAGCCAGCAUAGUUACAAGAAAAAAAGAAAUGCCACCUUCAACAACAGCACCACAGUAUGCUCCCCCUGAUGGAGGAUGGGGUUGGAUCGUGGUCUUUGGAGCUUUCAUCUCCAUUGGAUUUUCCUAUUCAUUCCCUAAAGCCAUCACAGUGUUCUUCAAAGAGAUACAAGAGAUCUUUGGCACAUCAUAUAGUGAGAUAGCAUGGAUAUCAUCAAUCAUGUUGGCUGUUAUGUAUGCAGGAGGCCCUGUAAGCAGUAUUUUGGUGAACAAAUAUGGCAGUAGGCCAAUCAUGAUUGCUGGGGGAAUACUGGCUUCAUUUGGAAUGAUUGCCUCUUCAUUCUGCAACAGCGUCUUGCAACUUUACAUGUGUAUUGGUGUAAUUGGAGGUUUGGGUUUGGCUUUCAACUUGCAACCUGCCUUGACGAUGAUUGGCAAAUAUUUUUAUAAAAAGCGUCCCAUUGCUAAUGGACUGGCCAUGGCGGGAAGUCCUGUCUUUCUAAGUACUCUGGCACCCCUGAAUCAGUUUCUUUUUAAUGCUUUUGGUUGGAAAGGAAGUUUCCUCAUUCUGGGAGGGCUUCUUUUAAAUUGCUGUGUGGCUGGGUCACUUAUGAGGCCUGUUGGACCAACACCUGUGCAGACUAUCAAAAAAGAUGUGGAAAAAGCAACUGAAGAUUCCAUUUUGCACAAGAAUGACAAGAAAUCGGUCUGGCAAACCAUCAACAAAUAUUUAGAUUUAACCCUCUUCAAACACAGGGGCUUUUUGAUUUAUUUGUCUGGAAAUGUUAUUAUGUUUCUUGGCUUCUUUGCCCCAAUUGUGUUUUUAGCUCCUUAUGCCAAGCAUAAAGGAAUUGAUGAAUAUUCAGCAGCUUUUUUACUCUCUAUCCUAGCUUUUGUAGAUAUGUUUGCCAGGCCAUCAAUUGGCUUAAUUGCAAACUCCAAAUACAUCCGGCCCAGAAUCCAGUACUUCUUUAGUUUUGCUGUUUUGUACAAUGGGGUCUGCCACAUCCUGUGUCCAUUAGCUGAAACCUAUACAGGUCUGGUUGUGUAUGCUGUACUUUUUGGACUUGCAUUUGGAAUGGUUAGCAGUGUCCUUUUUGAGACAUUGACGGAUCUUGUUGGUGCGCCAAGAUUCUCCAGUGCAGUAGGACUCGUUACAAUUGUGGAGUGCUGCCCUGUCCUUUUAGGCCCACCUAUGGGAGGUUUGCUUGUGGACAUAACCAAAGACUACAAAUAUAUGUAUUUUGUCUGUGGUAUAAUUGUUGUUGUUUCAAGUAUUUGGCUGUUCAUUGGAAAUGCAAUCAAUUAUAGACUUUUGGCAAAAGAGAAGAAAUUAGAAGAUGAAAGGCAGAAUGCCUUAAAGAAUGCUGAUUCCAAGGAAGUUGAGCCUUUGACCCACAAAGAGAGUGAAGAAGUUCUCAACAGAUCCAGCAAAAUGCAAGACAGUCCUUCAGAAAAAGAAACAAAUAUUUAACAUAAAUAUACAUAUUUAUAAUGUUCAAAGUACAUGCGAGAUGUUUUGUAGCUAUUAUAAUCAAUUACUAUACUAAAUGGCAAUAGGCAUUUACAAAACCAUGUGUAUUAUAAAGCACAGCAAAUUAAAUCACUGUUCUGUUCCUUCUAAAAAGAGGGUACAGAAAGAGUCUUCCCAGAACUGCAUUAAACAUUUUCCUCUUCCACUGCUCUGGUAACAACUGACUUCUGUUAAAAGUCUAGCUAUUCACAGCUAGUCUAAACUUUUCUGUAUCUUGCCUUCAAGCAACCUGUACCUGUCCAGGACUACACAAUAAUUGCAACAAGGGAACAAUCUGUAGUGUGGUAUGAGAAAGGAGAAUUAUGCUGGAGUAUUUCAAAAAUCCAUUGUUUAUUCUGCUCUACAUUAGGGAUUGGAGCAGGA